AUGCCUGGGGAUCAGUCAGAUGAAUUGGCAGUGUAUAUAAUAAGACGAGGUCAACUGAAGGCACAGUUAACCAAGUUCCAAACAUAUAUAGAGGAGUUAGACGUGGAUUGUGGCAACAAUAUCAUAAAGUUAAGGUUGCGUCUAGAGAAAAUAAAAGAACUUUGGACCGAGUUUGAUUUGAUUCAAAAUAAUAUCGAAAUAAAAGAUACCGGUAAUGAUCAAUUAGUCUACAGAGAUACGUUUGUAGAUUUAUACUUCGAUGUGGUCGCAAAGGCGGAAACUAUGGUGCAAGGUUCAAACUCUGUGUGUAGUAUGAACAAGGUGAGUGUCCCAGGCAGUUAUAACGAUAUGCAAGUAGGUGGUCCUGCGAUAAAAAUGAAACCGUUAGAAAUACCUAUAUUCUCGGGAAAAUUUGAAGAAUGGUCUACAUUUAAGGAUUUAUUUCUAACCAUGGUGCAUUAUUCAGAAAUAAAUAGUGUACAAAAAUUUGUUUAUUUACGUAUGCAUUUGUCUGGGGACGCAUUAUCUCUAAUACAAAAUGUGGUAACUACAGCUGAUAAUUACUCUGAUGCAUGGAACACUGUCGUAGAGCGUUACGAUAAUAAGCGUAUACUCAUACAAUCGUAUACAAAAAAUAUCUAUGAACUAGAACUAAUGCAAAAGGAGUCAAGUGUUCGUUUAAGAAAGUUUACGGCAGACUUAAAUAUGAAUAUGCAAGCUUUAAAAGCGUUAGGUCAUGAUCCUGAUGCCUGGGGUGCGCUAUUAUUACAUGUAAUUUUAGUCAAGUUAGAUUACAACACAAUACGCAAUUGGGAAUCUAUAGCGGCAAAAAAUACAUUGCCAGCUGUAAAGGAGUUGAUUACAUUUUUAAAUGAACGGUGUCAAAUAUUAGAGGCAAUUGAUAGCUCAAAAAAUUUAGCGUAUAAAUCAAAUAAUAUGCAGCUUAAGCAAAAUAAUCGCAAUAAAAAUGACACAAUCACGCAAUUCAAUAAUAAUAAAAAAUUUAACGCAUUUGUGACUACUAAUCGCUUAGCUUGUUAUUUUUGUAAGGAACCGCAUCCCAUUUAUAAGUGUCAAAAGUUUAUUGCACUCAGUGCAAGUGAGAGAACACUAAAGGUCGAUGAACUAAAUCUGUGUCGUAAUUGCCUUGGUACGGGGCAUACGGAUGUAAAAUUGUGUUGGUCGAAAAAAGUAUGUUCCAAAUGUAAAAAAAUGCAUAAUACGUUGUUGCAUGCGGAUGUAAAACAAGACGUACAAAAUGCGUCUAUGUCGAAUGUGUCCAAUGAAGAGGUGGUGGUUAGUCACGCCGCCCGUGUUCAAACGCGCGCACAAGUGCUAUUAGCGACAGCAGAAGUACACAUAGUAAAUGCGUGUGGCGAGCUGGUUGUAUGCAGGGCAUUAUUAGAUAAUGGUUCACAAAUCAAUAUUUUGACCGAAGCAAUGUCACAGCGAUUAGGACUGGCGCGAACAAAAAUAAACAAAUCGAUAUCAGGUAUUAAUGAGGUGGUGAGCCGUGCCACGUAUGAGGUGACAGCGUCUAUUAAGUCACGUAUAAAUAAUUAUUCCACUACCAUAAAUAUGUUGGUACUACCAAAAAUUACUGGAAACCUCCCUACCAGCAAUAUUGAUACCACAAAAUGGUCGAUACCCAAAGAUAUAAAGUUGGCUGAUUCCAGAUAUUUUAAACCUGAAAAAAUAGAUUUACUGAUUGGUGCUGACUCGUAUUGGGAAAUAAUGUGUACAGAAAAUUUCAAGCUUCAUACAAUGGGUCCGUACUUACAGCAGACAAUGUUCGGCUGGAUUAUUGUUGGACCAGUGAAUGAACGUUCAUCAAAAAACAAUACAACAGCUUGCUUUGUGGUAGGUGAAGGUAAUUAUUCAAAUUUGGAAAAGGAUAUUGAGGAAUUUUGGAAAAUUGAAGAAUGUUCCACGGAAAAUACAGACGAAACGUCCGAAGACGCAAUGUGUCGCAAACAUUUUCAAGAUAACGUAUCAGUUGAUUCAACGGGAAAAUUUGUCGUAAAAUUGCCGUUUCGCGAUAACGUAGAUCAAUUAGGCGAGUCAUAUAAUAUCGCGCUAAAACGAUUCUUAUUACUAGAGCGACGUCUCGGCAAAAAUCCCGAGCGAUAUAGUCAAUAUAAAUUAUUUAUGGAAGAAUAUGAACACUUGGGACAUAUGGAAAAAGUUGAUGAGGAUAAGGAUUUAUCAGUGAAAACAUAUUAUAUGCCACACUCUUAUGUUCUUAAUGAACAUAGCCGAACAACAAAGUUGCGAGUAGUGUUUGACGGUUCGUGCAAGUCAGAUUCGGGGCUAUCGUUAAACGAUGUAUUGUUAAAGGGCCCUAUGUUACAAAACGACCUCACGUUAAUCGUAGCUAGAUUUCGUACCCAUAAAUAUGCAUUUUCAGCUGACAUAAAAAAAAUGUAUAGGCAGGUAUGGGUCGAUAACGCGGAUCGAGACUAUCAGCGUAUAUUGUGGCGUGGUGACCCUAAUGAGCCAAUUAACAAAUAUAGAUUAUGUACAGUAACGUACGGAACAGUACCUGCAAGUUUCUUAUCAGUGGCAUGUCUUCAUAAAUCAACGGACAUAAAUACAAUGUGUCCCAAGGUAGCACAGGUAAUAAAAAAUGAUUUUUGUGUCGACGACUGUUUGACAGGAGCGUCAACGUUAUCGGAGGCGUUAAAUUUACGUAAUGAAUUGAUUAAAUGCCUAAGUAAAAAUGGAUUUGAAUUAAGCAAGUGGACAGCAAAUCAUGUAGAUUUAUUAAAAAAUAUACCAGUUCCAAAUGAAAAUUCACUAUAUUCAUUAAAUAUGGAAACUGAAGCAAUAAAGACAUUAGGUUUGUAUUGGGAAGCAAACUCUGAUUGUUUCAUUUAUAAAGUAUCAUUACCAGUGGCUGAACAUAAAAUAACUAAGCGAGGUAUUUUAUCGAAUAUUGCGCGUUUGUUCGACCCGCUCGGAUUCCUCGGGCCUGUUAUCGUAAUCGCUAAAAUCCUCAUGCAGCAUUUAUGGAAACUAAAAAUAAAUUGGGAUGAUGAAUUAUCAAUAGAAAUGCAAAUGCAAUGGAAAAAAUAUUUAAAUAAUUUAGAUCAGUGUAAUAAUCUUAGUAUCCCACGAUGGUUGCAAUGUGAUGACGCAGAAAAAAUAUACGUACACGGAUUUUCCGAUGCAUCGCUUAAAGCGUAUGGGGCUUGUAUAUAUGUAGUGUGCACUAGCUCAGACGGUAGUCGCCAUUCUCAGUUAGUAUGCGCCAAAUCAAGAAUUGCACCAAUAAAUAUAUUAACAAUACCGCGGUUAGAACUUUGUGCCGCAGUACUAUUAUCAAAAUUAAUAAAAAAAAUUGUUCCAGCGUUACGAAUUAACGUUACAAAUACGUAUUGUUGGAGUGAUUCCAAAGUAGUAUUAGCAUGGAUCGCGGCGGAUGCAAUGCGUUGGAAACCGUUCGUAGCCAACCGUGUAAGUAAGGUUCAAAGGUUCUCGUCACAGUGGUCAUGGUCGUAUGUUAAUACAAAGGAGAACCCGGCCGACAUGUUAUCCAGGGGGUGUGAUGUACAAGAUCUACAAAAUUGUACGUUGUGGUGGAACGGACCAGCGUGGUUGAUGGGCGAGCAGGCGAGUUGGGAAACACUUUAUCAAAUACACGAAGACGAGGAUACAAUAUGCGAAGCGCGUAAGCAGUCGAACUCAGUGGUAAUGGUUACUGAAGUAACAAAAAAUAAUUAUUUUGUUCAACUGUCUGAAAAAUAUUCAAAAUUAAGUCGUUUUCAGCGUGUGUUUGCAUACACAUUAAGGUUUGUGCAUAAUAUUUCAAGUAAAUUAAAAUCAAAAGAAAAAUGCUUAGGUCCACUCGGUAAUGACGAAAUUCAAAAAUCAGUAAAAAUAUUUAUUAAACUCUUACAAAAUCAGUUUUUUGGUGAGCCAUUAAGUAAUAAAAAAUUGCAGCCAUUAAGCCCAUUCUUCGAUAAAGAAAAUAUAUUACGUGUUGGUGGUCGCCUUGGUAAUGCGACGGACCUAGCUCAUGACCAGCGGUAUCCUAUUCUGAUUCCAUACGCGUGCCAUUUUGAUACCCUAAUUUUUAGAAACGAACAUGAAAUGUCCUUACAUGCCGGGCCCCAAGCAAUGUUAGCGAACGUGCGCUUAAAAUAUUGGCCGAUAAAUGGGCGUCGAACAGCUCGAAAAGUCGCCCACCAAUGUGUAAUUUGUUUUAAAAAUAAACCUAAUAUCGUAGAGCCAAUUAUGGGCAUUUUACCCACACCAAGAGUAAACCGGCCACUACGUAGUUUUGAAAAUACGGGGGUUGAUUAUGCUGGGCCAAUACUGAUGAAAUCACAUGCGCGUAGAAAUGCACCGUUGCAGAAAGCAUAUAUAUGCAUUUUUAUAUGUAUGGCAAGUAAAGCUGUGCAUAUAGAACUAGUAUGUGAUCUCACCACUGAUGCUUUUAUAGCCGCCUUGCACCGAUUUAUCUCAAGACGAGGAAAGUGCGGUACCAUUUUUUCAGAUAAUGGUACAAAUUUUGUAGGUGCUAAUAAGAAAUUAAGCGAUUUGUCUGCACUUCUUCUCUCAGAACAACACAAAAACCGCGUCCAAGACACAUUAGCGUUACAAGAAAUUAAUUGGAAGUUUAUACCACCACGUUCCCCACAUUUUGGUGGUUUAUGGGAGGCAGCCGUCAAGGCCGUGAAAAAACACUUAAAUCGUACCAUUGCAAAUUCACGAUUAACGUACGAUGAACUAUAUACUGUAUUAACCCAAAUAGAAUGUUGCUUAAACUCGCGUCCUUUAAUUCCUUUAUCCGAGGACCCUAUGGAUUUGGAUGUCCUUACUCCUGCCCAUUUUCUAAUAGGUAGCUCACUGCGCGCACUGCCUGAACAGGAUGUAGGAGGUAUGCCAAUAAAUAGAUUAUCUCGGUGGCAAAGAGUUCAGCAGCUUGUGCAACACGUGUGGUCGCGAUGGAGCAAGGAGUAUUUGGGGCAACUGCAAGGACGAAACAAAUGGUCCAAAUCUAGAGGGCCAUCCAUUCAACUGGGCACACUGGUAUUAAUAAAAGAAAAUAAUUUGCCGCCGCUAAAGUGGUUAUUGGGCAGAGUUACAGAUGUUCAUCCGGGACCUGACGGUGUCGUGAGAGUAGCCACGGUAUAUACAAAUUCGGGUUUCAAAAGACGCGCUGUUCGAUUACUAUGUCCCUUACCUAUAGAAAAUGAUAGCACACAUGCUCCGUGCUAA